AGAAAGUCUAUAUGUGGAAAGGGGUUGGCGUUCUCAGACCUCAGUGAUUUUAAAAUCUUUAAUUAUGAAUAAGUUUUCUCUCAAUCCUUUCUUCUUUUCUCUCCUGGUUCUGCUCCUGGUUCUUGUCGGAGAAGGAUCCAUGUGCCAAUCCCCAAUAUGUGCCAAUAGACAAGAAUUUAAGCAAUUUACAAAACAAAAUAUUAAGACUGAGAUUCUGAGAAAGCUUGGACUGAACUCUGCUCCUAAUGUGACUCUAUCCCAGAUCCCUGGAAGCCACCAUAUCAAAAACAUGAUUCGCAAGAUGGAAACAGAAUCCGAGGAAGGGAUGCUUUCUGAUCAGGGAGCUAACUUCGAUGACGAUCACUUCCAGGCAAAAGAGAUCACCAUCCUUCCUUCAAAAUGUAAGUACCUUUCUCCCCCCGCCCUCCUCCUUGCUCUGUAUUACCCUACAUCGAAUUCAUUAUUUGUAGAAAGAAAAUAAGAAGUAAAGAAUGUU